CAAGCUUGAAGCUGCGACCAUAAUUUACUGUUCCAAGUUUUCAGAGCAAAGCUUGAAGCUACUUUUUUUCUAUAUUCCACUCGCCACCGCUUCUCGCCUUCCCGACUGCCACCGGAGCUCCGCCGCGCUCAGCCACCGUCUGCUGCGUUUUUUUCCGUAUCUCAGGCUCCACGCCAUCCUAUUUUCAUCAAAAACCUCUGUUGUCGAGCUUCACUCGCCGGUAACCCUAAUCCCCUUUCCUCUGUGAUUAGAAUCGCCGAAAAUGUCUGAUGCUGAAGAAGUAAAGGUCUCACUGAAAGUGAUGAUGAACAAACAGAAAUCCAAGGUGCUAUUUGCAGAAUCCGACAGCGAUUUUGUAGACAUUUUGUUGAGCUUCUUGACUUUGCCGUUGGGAAGAACUGUGAAAGUUCUGGAGAAACACUACGGAGAUGAGGCACCCACCAUUGGAAGCUUAAACAAUUUGUACCGCAGCUUAGCAAAUCUUGACAGCUCCCAUUUUGUGACGGAGGGUGCUAAGCAGACUCUGCUAGAUUCAGCAAGUUCAUUCGAAGAUAAAUACAAAAUGCUGAAAGUGGAUAUCAGUGAUUCUCCGCCUGCCGAAUACUUCGUUUGUAGCAGCUGUGCUAACAGGAGAUUGCGUUGUGACAGCAUCUACUAUGAUAGCAUUUCUUGUUAUUAUUGCGAGGAUACGAUGAGUAAAGAAGUAGUUGAGAAGAGUUGUGAAGCUGAUGGUCCUAGUGAUGGCGUUUUCACCAAGCAUACAUCAUCUUUCCUAAUCUCCAAUGAUCUGCACAUACUACCAAAGAAUGCAAGAUUCUUAACAACAGUCGGAAUUCUUGGCAUUACUGUUACAGACAUGGAUAAUGCUGUGUCAAUCAAAGUGGAUUUUGGGAUUAGUGAGAUUAUGAAGUUGUUGAAGGCAUCCUUGAUGUCCCCAACUCCGCUGUCGGACCUCAUCCUCAAUAAAUCUACAACACUGAUGAAUAACAGUACUCCAGUUGUGGAAUCUCGAAGUAAUCACUCCAGUAGGUAUUUUUCUUUGAAAGUGAUGAUACAAAAAUCUACAGGCAAGUUGCUGUAUGCUCAAACUAACGAAGACUUUGUAGAGUUUCUAUUUAAUCUCCUCAGUAUCCCACUAGGAAGAGUUGAGCACCUUCUAAUUCUAAGCAGUGAUAAUAUGUGUUUUAAGGCUAUAAAUAACUUGUAUCGGAGCACCACCAAUCUUAUAGAUGCCAAGCAUUUCAAAAAUGGAGAUGUGAAAGAUAGGCUAAGGUUACCAAUGCUGCUUCAUGGGUGUAUGUCCAGUAACCUCAUCAUUCUUGGCUCUGUUGCAGAAGUAUAUUAUCGCGACAGGAAAUAUAGUUCUGUUAAGUUUCCGAAAGGCAAGGGGAUUUAUCUCCAAAAAUCACAAUCCUAUCUAGUUAAGGAUGAUUUGACUGUUGUACCCUAUUGUUUUGUCACCAUCCUUUCCAGUUUGAGAGAGCAGAAAAUUCCUAUAUCUGAUGUGGAAGAAGUGCAGCUGAAAAUCGAAUCGAAAGAGACUUUGAGUAUAUUGAAAGCGUCUCUUACAUCGACUACGGUUCUCUCCGAUGCGCUGCUCUCUCUUUUGCCCAAAAAACAACCAAAGAGAGAACUUUGAAUCUGAUCCAUUGUUCCCAAUAUUGUUUUUCUGCACCUUAAUUUUGUUGUCUUAAUUAAUAGCUUCAGUUUGGAUU